AUGCCGAACACGCGGAGCGCGGAAGAAGAGAACAAGGCAGCGGCCGAGAAGCGCGCCAAUGAACUCGUCCAGGAAGCGGCCGCUGUUCGGCGGCGCUUUGUCGUCGAGCCGGAACCCCCUGACUGGGAGUGCAUGGAAGCGGCUCGAUACUAUUCCGUCUUUGUGAUGCCCUGCUGUGAAGAGCAGCUCAUGACGCCGUUCAAGGGCCUCCCGCCCUGCCAUGGCCCGAGCCGCCCCAUCUUCCUGCUCGAUGUCAGCAGCCACCGCAUCGCGGACGCGUCCAAGGCGCGCGGCAAGGUUCUGCGCGCCGCAGAGGACCCGGGCGUCAACGGGGCGUGGGCGAACCACUCGCGCCACAUGAUUGAGAUUCUCUGCUACGUCAACAAGGGCCUGUCGGACAGGCGCGGCCGAAUCGCCGACGGCGAGUGCGCCAAACCGGCCGUAAAAGCCAUCGUGCGAGACCACUUUAAGAGCAUCAGCGCAUUCGACGAUGCGGCCUGGGUGAAGACGGUAACGUCUGAGCUGCCAGCCAAGGUUCAGACGCUGGGAUGCAUCUUCCAGGUGGCGGUGCGACUGUUUGGCGUGCUCUCGCUGCCGCCGUCGGCCACGGUGGCCUGGGAUGACUGCUUUGACAAACCAAUCCGGGAGCCCAUCGCCAUGGCCAUCAAUCAUUCCAUCAUGGCCUGCCAGAUUUUGCUCGACUUUUCCCCGCGCACCAUCAGUCUGACCCUGAGCGAUACGAGCUGUCCUGAAGCGCCGUUGGGCCGCACGCAAACGGGUGCGGUGCGGCGUCGCCGAUGGACCCCACGAGCCAGAACAGGUUGCCUUACGUGUCGUACCCGUCGGGUCAAGUGCGACGAGGAGAGACCAGUCUGUCGCCGCUGCACAUCGAGCCGCGUUACGUGCCAUGGCUACCAGCUUCCCUCUUCAGAAAAGACCAAGCCGCGGAAGAGUGCAACCGAGGUCGGUCGUCGUGCGCUGCAGACGCCGCCGGACACGCCGCCGCCUCGCAGCGAGACGACCGCUCUGCAGCCGUUUGGCAGCGUGCACAGUCACAGUAUCAAUGUCGAGGCGGAGCCUCCAGACUGGGACGUGCAAGAGAGUAUCCGUUAUUACUUUGAAAUUGUCGUGCCGGGGCGCACUGCUGAAGUGCGAACUGGGGGGGAUCCUGAUUUCCAUGCCAAGACGUUCCACUUCUCUAGAUUCAUCUCCCAAGUGAUUGGGGACCAACUUUCCAGAGCGUCCAAAGCACGGGGUGAGCUGAUACCGCCUGGCCGGUAUCCCGCGUUUACAGGCGUCUGGCUCACCUACGCGCGCUAUUUGAGCUCUAGCAUAAAUGUGGUUAACCGGCAUAUCCAAGACUCCGACGCGAGCACAUCCUGGGAUGUAUUCUUUGGCAUUGACCAGCUUCUUGUGCUUGAUCUCUACGUCGAACGAUCGCAGUGGCAGGGUCAUCUCCGAGGGUUCUUCGAAUACAUUGGACAUCAAGGAGGUAUUGCGGCGGUUCUUGAGCGGCCUGAGCCCCCAUUCUACUGCCUCAAUCAUGUACUAGCCAUCGCCAUCAACGUAAACACCACUAGCCCUGCGACGCAACAACUCCACGGAUUCGACGACUAUACGGAUGAUCAGAUAGUAUCUGUGCUUGAAUGUGCCUACAGCACUUCUAUGCAGUGUCCUACAGAGCUUUACCUUGCCCUGGUGCACAUUUCCAGGCUACGAGCCAAGCUGGCUCAAAGAGACACGAAACCAGACAAGUCGAGUAUCGAGCAAAAGGUACGGCACAUCUUGGACUCGGUCUCCCGCUUCGACGCGGACGAUUGGGCAACCAAGCCCAUGUUCCGAGAUCAAAUCGACACAGUAGCAAUAGCCGGGCGCAUCUUUGCCAUUGCGGUCCGGCUGUACGGCAUCCUGACACUUCCGCCCUCGGCCGUUGCCGCGUGGAGUGUGGCCUCUGAGUUAUCGCAGCCGACGAGCGCAUCCGCCCCAGCCGCAGUAUACGACGCCCUGCGUAUCAGCCAGCGGAGGGAGCUGCUGGCGCUUGCGCGGCAGUCGUGGGGCCGGCUCAAGCACACUACGUCACUCUGCUGGCCGCUAGUUGUCGCUGGCGUGGCCUUUGCCGACGGCGCGGCCGCCGACCAGGACUUUAUCGAGACGUCGCUGCUGUCCAUCUGGAGCCUGCCCAACACGUCGGCAUGCUUCAUCCUUACGAUUCGCGCGCUGCGCCGGUUUUGGACGAGUGGCAAGACGGGGUGGGAAGACUGCUUCGAUCAGCCGCUCGCAUGUGUGGUGUAA